ACUUAAAUAAAAGACAUUCAUAGUUUUCCACCACUGGAAUCAGCUAAUGUUUAGCCUACAUGUAACUCAUAUAGUAAUGGCUUUCAAUCAAUGAGCCCACCAACCUCCCUUAUCAUUUGUCCAAGCAACAGAGAGCUGAGAAGAGGACAACAACAACCCCAGAGCUGUAAUGUAUGCUGCAGACAUGAAGUGUACAUGCAGGGCUUUUAAACAUCCACAGUGCUGUCAGUAAGCCUAACGAUAUGUCCAGCAUCAUGUUCAGUACCACAACAGCAGCUGCUCUAUUAUUCCCCACCCCCUGGAUUUAUAUUGACUACAAUCAGGUUAUUAAUGUCUCUCACACACCUCUAAACACUGCAUGUAAGCUGGUCUAUGCAUUGUCCCAAAGAGAGCAGCAGCAGCUCUUUGUUUGUCUUUUGGUUGGUGACAGCACAGGAACAUGUGGUCAUGCAGCAGCCAAUGCCGAGCCCAGAGCAGGCGAUCAGCACUGUCAGAAUAGCAGCAGCAGUAGUGCUGGCACCGGAGAAGAACUCUGCCAUCCCCCUGCAGAAAGAAACCCACUUAAAGAGAGAGAGGGAGAGAGGGAUUUGGUUACAGAGCAGAGGAGGAUGAGGAUGCAGUGGGAAGGGGAUGUUGCAGAGGAGGCUGCACAGAGGCAAAAACAAACAGGAGGACAGGCUGUGUGAUCCAGGUUUCAAGAUGUAGGAGCUGCAUCAGAAGAGCUUUCAGUCAGUGUGUGUGUGAGUGCACCAUAACAUCAGCGGACUUGUGUUUCAAGGAUAGUGAAGGUGGAGAGGCGCAACCUGAUAAGUCCUCCCCUCCACCUCCACCGAGGAUGAUGUCAAAUUAGUACUUAUUCAGCAAGGAGCGAGUCCAUCACUCUAAGGAUCAGAUGUUGUCCACAGCUCAGCAGAUGCUGCAGGAUAGCCGCUCCAAGAUCGAGCUGAUCAGACUGCAGAUUAUCAAAGUCACCCAGGCUGGCAGCAGCAGUGGCGGUGGUAGUAUUGGCGGAAAUGGUGGCGAUGACCCUGACAGCACCACUCCCGGAGUGAUCUCGUCUGUUGGCAUCAGUGCUGUGGAUGCUCGUUUGGCAGAGUUGCAGCACUACAUGCAGAGAGAGACAGAUGCGUUGGUGCUGGCCAAAGAUGUGGUGAAGCAGCUGGAGGGAAUCUCAUCGCUGGACCAGAAGGCACUGGCUGAGGCUCAGCUCCGGGUGCAGGAGUCUUCCCAGAAGCUGCAUCUUCUGCAGCUGUCUCUUGAGAAAUGCAUGAAGGAAAAGAACCAGAAAGCUCUACAGGAGCCUGCAGGCGAGUUCGAACCUUCAGAGGGACCCCCGUCUCCCCAAGACUCCAGACCUGAAUGUCCCCUGUCCACCUCGGCGUCUAUCUUCUCUAUCAAACCGGCCUUUUUGACUGGCAAACUUAUAGUUAACCUUCUUGGAUGUGAGGAUUUACUGAAACCUCUGACCAGCCCAGAGCAGGGAGACCAUCUGAGUCCAGGUGAAGACGGUUCACCUGCGGCUUACAGGACGGAUGGUGCGGAGAUCAGCGCGGUGCUCAGGCUGGACUCCAGAGUGGUCGGGCGGACACGCUGGGCAGCCGUCAGCAGGCUGACCUGGGAUCAGACGUUCUGCAUCCAACUGGAGCGGUCUCGAGAGCUGGAGGUCACUGUCUUCUGGCGAGACCAGAUGGCGAUGUGUGCAAUCAAGUCCCUGCGACUGGAGGAGAUGAUGGACAACCCAAACCACGACCAGGAGUUACGCCUGGAGCCACAGGGCCUCCUCUAUGCCAAGCUUCAUUUCAUCGACACUGUUGUUGAGCGGCAGCCAAAACUGAGACGUCAGCGAUGUAUCUUCACUAAAGAGAGAGGGAAGAACUUCCUCCGUGCGGCCCAGAUGAACAUGAAUUUUGCCACGUGGGGUCAUCUGAUGAUGGGCAUCCUCCCUCGCUACACCUCCUUCACCACAUUUAGCUCGUCCCUCUCCACAACCCCCGACCUGGUGGCCAACAACACACAACGUCCAACUGAGAAGGAGUCUCAAACCACCCCUCCACUGCCAAGAGAAGCUCCAGAUAUCCGACUCCAAAUCACUGAGGAUCAGCCGUCUCCCACCGGUCUCGACCAGGGAGGCAACACACCCAGCAUCCUCCCCACAGCACGCCAAACAUCAUCUGUGCCUGCAUCGCAAGAAAAACUGUCAUCCAUAAAAAACACUGGAGGAAGUGAACAUCAGCCUGUCUCUGCUCUAAAGAUGCAGAUGGAAGACUUUAAAUAUAUUUCAGUUUUGGGCAGAGGACACUUUGGAAAGGUCCUGCUGGCAGAAUUUAAGAAGACAGGAAAACUGUACGCCAUCAAAGCCUUGAAGAAAAGAGACAUUGUGAUACGUGAUGAAGUGGACAGCCUUAUGAGCGAGAAACGGAUCUUUGAGAUGGUCAACGCAUCCAGACAUCCGUUCCUGGUGAACCUCCACGGCUGCUUCCAGACCAGCGACCACGUCUGCUUCGUCAUCGAGUAUUUACCAGGCGGCGACCUCAUGAUUCACAUCCACAACAACGUCUUCACCGAGGCCCAGACCAGGUUUUAUUCAGCAUGUGUUGUGCUGGGUUUAGAGUUUCUGCAUCUGAAUAAAAUCAUCUAUCGAGAUCUGAAGCUGGACAACCUGUUAAUGGAUGCCGAUGGAUUUGUGAAAAUCACAGACUUUGGACUUUGUAAAGAGGGGAUGGGUCACGGGGAUCAGACCUCGACUUUCUGUGGAACUCCUGAGUUUCUGGCUCCAGAGGUCCUGACAGACGACAACUACACUCGAGCGGUGGACUGGUGGGGGAUGGGCGUCCUCAUCUACGAGAUGUUCGUGGGGGAGUCUCCGUUCCCCGGUGAGGAUGAGGAGGAGGUGUUUGACAGCAUCGUCAAUGAUGAUGUGCAGUAUCCAGGGUCUCUUCCUCCUGAUGCAGUCUGCAUCAUCCAGAAGCUGUUGAAGAAGAAUCCUCUGAAAAGACUCGGGGCCGGAGAGAGAGACGCAAAUGAAAUCAAAGGAGAGAAAUUCUUUGAGACCAUCGACUGGGAAGCCCUCAUGGCCAAGACGGUAAAACCGCCGUUUCUGCCGUCAAUCAAGGAGUCGAUGGAUGUCGGCAACUUUGACAGCGAGUUCACUCGACUCCAGCCAAUCCUGUCGCCUCCCGCCAAACCCUUCGUCCUCUCUGCUGAGCAGCAGGAAGCCUUCGCAGACUUCGACUUCUGCGCCUUGCAUGGGUGAAAGAAGAGCUGAAGCAACCAGGGUGGGAACAUGACUACGUUUAGUUUGCAGCUGGACUGUUUGGCCACUUCAGAGCACCAAACUCCAUCAUUUACGUUUAAUCAACUCCCCUAUAGGCAAGUAAAAUAAUUCAUUCAUUAAUUCAAGUAAUAAUUUAUUCCUACAGAGAUUAGGUACUUUAUUUAUACUUUUU